AUGCUCACAAAGGUCGCUAUAGUGCUGUUCGCGUGUGCGUACGUCAGUGCGCAGGUACCACACUUAGGAAAGUGUCCUCACGUGACAGUCGUCCAGAAUCUCAACGUGACGAAGUACCUGGGCGGCUGGUACGAGAUUGAGAAGUUCUUUUUUUUUCAUCGAGGGCAGGAGACAUGUAUCAAGGCCAACUACAGCCUUAAGUCAGACGGACACAUCCUCGUCUAUAACCGGGGACUCAAGCCCGACGGCAGCGUUGACGCAUCGACAGGUGACGCCGUGGCCAAAGAUCCUUCUGUUCCCGCGAAACUCUCCGUAACGUUUAACGGCUCCCCGCGCGUACCCUACUGGGUAGUGGACACAGACUACGACACGUACUCUCUCGUCUGGUCGUGUGAGGAUUUGGCGGGAUUCGUUCAGGCAGACUUCGCCUGGAUACUCGGCCGCCAGAGGACGCUCGAUGCAAGCAUUAUUUCUCGUCUGAAGCAGAAACUGGCGUCAUUCGGCAUCAACACUAACAGCUUCAAUAAGACGCCGCAAGAAAAUUGUCCGUUUUAGGCAAUUUCGAAACAAUGAAUACCAGUAUGUGUCGUCACAUCAGACCAUUCUUGUUGAAUCAACUAUCGGUUUCAAUUUGAUUCUCGCUAUUGUAAUAUUUAACUAUCGUUUUCAAACACAACAUUUUU